CUAUGGUUGGUAUCCUAGUACUGGCACUAUGUCUGGUUUCUGCAUCAGACAUGGGUGAGGCAGAAGAAGUUAUGGCCUCUCCAGUCUCUGUUUGUACACCAAUAUUUGAAUACUUCCCAUAUUGCUUGGAAUUCCUUGUGGGGGAUCCAAAUUUCAGCAUGCCCUCAAGAAAAUGCUGCCAACAUGUGAUAGAGCUUAACGCAUUAGCCCAUCAUGGGAUUGGUCCCAAGACCAUUUGUUGGUGCAUUGAGAUUAUGGUUAAGGGAAUGCAACCACCAUUGGUGCCCUCCAAGAUCCAAGAUCUUCCUCAUAUGUGUAACAUCACUCUCAGCUUUCCCAUCUCUGACAGCAUGAAUUGUUCCAAGGUGAGUUAAGGAUAUACCAUGAUGAUCUGCAGUAGAAUAAUCAAGGAGACUCUCCACAAAUGAAUAAGAGACACAUGUUGAAGUUAAUAAACAUUAAUCAAUGGUGUUGGAAGAUAUUAUUAGAAGCCUACAUAUUUUUGUCUUGUCACCCAAGUAGUUCAAAAAAGAUAAAGAUGUUUCCUUGCAACUGUAGUGCAGGAUAAUAAAGUAAAUUAAAUCUCAAAAGCAAAAACAAAGGGAUUCAUUUC